AUGGCUCCCAGCAUCAAUUCUGACCACAGAUGCUUCCUCUCCCCCCCACCGUCCUUCUCCGCAAUCAUCACCAAGGCGCUUUCCAUCGUAUACGCUCUCAUUUUUGGCUUUGCGUCCUCCUCUAACAUAUCAUUGACUCCAGGAUGUGUCGGCCAGCUCUGCCACCUAAACGAUUUUGGAAGGCCCUACACAACCUGCUAUACGGUCGUUUCGUUUGGCACGCUCACGGGUGUUCCGAUUGCGGGCGGCCUUAUUCGAGCGACUGGAGGACCCUAUUGGGACAUCGUCAUUUGGGCAGUUGCGCCUUAUACGGCCUCUUUAGGCUGCUUCAUCUGGAGCCCCGUGCUUGCUGCGUGGGAAGGCGGGUAG